GCGAGUGGACGCCGGGGCAAGCCGCCAUGAAGCUCAACGUGGACGGGCUGCUGGUCUACUUCCCGUACGACUACAUCUACCCGGAGCAGUUCUCCUACAUGCUGGAGCUGAAGCGCACGCUGGACGCCAAGGGUCAUGGAGUCCUGGAGAUGCCCUCAGGCACCGGGAAGACAGUAUCCCUGCUGGCGCUGAUAGUGGCUUACCAGAGGGCUUUUCCACUGGAGGUGACCAAACUUAUCUACUGCUCACGGACUGUGCCAGAGAUUGAGAAGGUCAUAGAAGAGCUUCGCAAGCUGCUCAGUUUCUAUGAGCAGCAGGAAGGGGAGAAGCUGCCAUUCUUAGGACUGGCUCUGAGCUCGAGAAAGAACCUGUGCAUUCAUCCUGAGGUGACACCACUGCGCUUUGGGAAGGACGUGGAUGGCAAGUGCCACAGCCUCACAGCCUCGUACGUGCGUGCGCAGUACCAGCAGGAUGCCAGCCUGCCUCACUGCCGCUUCUAUGAGGAAUUUGACACCCAUGGACGUCAGGUGCCCCUCUCUGCGGGCAUCUACAACCUGGAUGACCUGAAGGCUCUAGGGCAGCGGCAGGGCUGGUGCCCCUACUUCCUGGCUCGAUACUCGAUCCUGCAUGCCAACGUGGUGGUUUACAGCUACCACUACCUCCUGGACCCCAAGAUUGCGGACCUGGUGUCCAAAGAACUGGCUCGCAAGGCCGUAGUGGUCUUCGAUGAAGCCCACAACAUUGACAAUGUCUGCAUUGAUUCCAUGAGUGUCAAUCUCACCCGCAGAACUCUGGACCGCUGCCAGAGCAACCUAGACACCCUGCAGAAAACCGUGCUCAGGAUCAAGGACACAGAUGAGCAGCGGCUGCGGGACGAGUACCGGCGCCUGGUGGAGGGGCUGCGGGAGGCCAGUGUAGCACGGGAGACAGAUGCCCACUUAGCCAACCCUGUGCUGCCCGACGAGGUGCUGCAGGAGGCAGUGCCAGGCUCCAUCCGCACUGCCGAACACUUCCUGGGCUUCCUGCGGCGGCUGCUGGAGUACGUCAAAUGGCGGCUGCGUGUACAGCAUGUGGUGCAGGAGAGUCCACCCGCCUUCUUGAGCGGCCUGGCCCAGCGCGUGUGCAUCCAGCGCAAGCCCCUCAGGUUCUGUGCUGAACGCCUGCGAUCCCUGCUGCACACCUUGGAGAUUGCUGACCUGGCCGACUUCUCCCCGCUCACACUCCUUGCUAACUUUGCCACUCUUGUCAGCACUUAUGCCAAGGGCUUUACCAUUAUCAUUGAGCCCUUUGACGACAGGACCCCCACCAUCGCCAAUCCCAUCCUGCACUUCAGUUGUAUGGACGCCUCCUUGGCCAUCAAGCCUGUGUUUGAACGCUUCCAGUCUGUCAUCAUCACCUCUGGGACACUGUCCCCACUGGACAUCUACCCCAAGAUCCUGGACUUCCACCCUGUCACAAUGGCAACCUUCACCAUGACGCUGGCCCGAGUCUGCCUCUGCCCUAUGAUCAUUGGCCGUGGUAAUGACCAGGUGGCCAUCAGCUCCAAAUUUGAGACCAGGGAAGAUAUUGCUGUAAUCCGCAACUAUGGCAACCUGCUGCUGGAGAUGUCUGCUGUGGUUCCUGAUGGCAUUGUGGCCUUCUUUACCAGCUACCAAUACAUGGAAAGCACUGUGGCCUCCUGGUAUGAGCAGGGCAUCCUUGAGAACAUCCAGAGGAACAAGCUGCUCUUCAUUGAGACCCAGGACGGGGCGGAGACCAGUGUGGCCCUGGAGAAGUACCAGGAGGCGUGCGAGAACGGCCGUGGGGCCAUUCUGCUCUCAGUGGCUCGGGGCAAAGUGUCAGAAGGGAUUGACUUUGUGCAUCACUAUGGGCGGGCUGUCAUCAUGUUUGGAGUCCCCUAUGUCUACACCCAGAGCCGAAUUCUCAAGGCCCGACUAGAGUACCUGCGGGACCAGUUCCAGAUCCGUGAGAAUGACUUUCUCACCUUUGAUGCCAUGCGCCAUGCAGCCCAGUGUGUGGGUCGUGCCAUCAGGGGCAAGACAGACUACGGUCUCAUGGUCUUUGCUGACAAGCGGUUUGCUCGGGCCGACAAGCGUGGCAAGCUGCCUCGAUGGAUCCAGGAGCACCUGACUGACUCCAACCUCAACCUGACGGUGGACGAGGGUGUGCAGGUCGCCAAGUACUUCCUGCGGCAGAUGGCACAGCCCUUCCACAGGGAAGAUCAGCUGGGCCUGUCACUGCUCAGUCUGGAGCAGCUGCAGUCAGAGGAGACACUACAGCGGAUCGAGCAGAUCGCGCAGCAGCUCUGAGCACAGGACUGUGGGUGACACCUGUGGCUCCACAGGAGGUGCUGGAGGUCCCAGGACCCUCAGGCGAAUAUCCAGACCCGUGUACAGCCUUUAAUUACAGGGAGGAUAGCAGGGUCCCAAUCCACAGGUGCCACCAAGGCAGGGCACCAGAUAACCACCGGCCCUCCCU